GGCCUGGGCUUUUGUUGUAACCUUUGACCUGGCAAUGUUUCUAAAGCUAAGCUAGCUAGCUAGCUAUCAUAUACUGGGUUAACCAUAUACUGUGCACUGAAGCUGGUACGUACAAGUACAAGGUGUGGGAAUGGACAACAAUGAGUUGAUACAGUGCUACAAUAAAGGCUGUGGCCAAAAGUUCAAGGAGGAAGAAAACAAUGAUGAGGUAUGCAAGUACCAUCCCGGUGUGCCAGUGUUCCACGAUGCACUAAAGGGGUGGUCUUGCUGCAAGAAGAGGAGCACUGACUUCACUGAUUUUUUGCACAUUCCAGGUUGCACUACUGGGCCCCACAAUCCAGUGAAGCCUCCGGAAGCUGAAAAAUCGGCCAUUGCUCCACUCAAGGAGGGAGAGUCUAUUAUUGUGAAGGGACCUCCUCCUCCGCGGGCUAGACAGAAACUGAUUGAGGCCAGACCAGCGGAUGAUGAGCCUAUGGUGAAACUGAAGACAAAGGUCACCUCAUCGCUGUCCUCACUACUGACCAGACUGGCCAGGCAGGCUACUGUGGAGGUGACAAAGAAUGACAAGGAGAACACCUCUAAAGAGUCAUGUGACAUGGAGACAGUCGAUAUAGGAACCAAUUGCAAAAACAACGGAUGUGGCGCAGUGUAUGUGGGGGUAGAGAGUUCCAUCUCACGGUGUCAGCACCACCCCGGAGUGGCCAUCUUCCAUGAUGGCUACAAGUUCUGGAGUUGCUGUCAGCGUCGGACGUCAGACUUCAAUGAGUUCCAGCGACAGGUGGGCUGUGCCACUGGGGACCACCUCUGGAUAAAGCCCUAUGCAAAGGCCCAGGCCUGUCGCUAUGACUGGUAUCAGAUGGGAUCAUUUGUGGUCGUCUCUCUGUUUGCCAAGGCCUGUCUACCGGAACAGUGCUCGUUUGAAGCUAACCCCACUACGUUGAAGUUGUGUUUGGAGUAUGAGAAUGGCAACCAUUGCUAUGAAGACACCAUCAAGCUGCACGGGGUCAUUGACCCGGACAAGAGCUCUGUGGAGCUGAUGGGCAGUAAGGUAGACCUCAAACUGAGAAAGGCCGAUCUCUUUAGCUGGACUUCACUGAAGUUCAGGGAUGCAGCUGAAACCAAAGACACUAAACAGGUGUCCAGCUAGGCUAUAAUUAUGUACUGUGCAAUCAAAGUCAUAAACGUUAUACAGACUUACUACAUUUUGGUUAGCUUUACUCUCUCUACUAUUUAUUUCUUUGUGUACUGGAUACUGUACUUUACUUGUUAA